CACAGAGACAACAACAAACGAGAGUCCUCUUCUACUCUCCAUCUCCUCUACCUCACCAACCCUCUCCGUCGAUCCUCAGCCGUAUAUCUCCGACGCGACGGCGUAUACUCACUGAAACUUGAUUUCACAUCUCUGUGGUAUCCUUCUUCAUGCGGAUUAAAUUAGGUCUGAACUGAAUCGUGGAUGGGUCAGAAGAAGAAACCCCACGCUCCUCCUCGCUCUAAACCUCAGACGAUGUUGGAGGUUCCGCCUCCACCGUCAUCUGAGGUUUCCCCUUGUACCUCCCACGAGCCGUCGAAUUCGGCUGAAAUCAAGCUCGAGUGCGAGAAGGCGCUGACGUCAUUCCGCCGCGGAAGCUACAACAAGGCGAUUCGUCUGAUGAAGGAAUCAUGCUCUCGCCACCAACACUCUGCCCUAAUUCACCGUGUUCAAGGCACUGUGUGCGUGAAGGUCGCUUCCGUCUACGAAGACGCAGCCACGAAACAGAGGUACCUCCGUAGCGCAAUCGAGUCCGCCAGAAAGGCUGUGGAGCUAUCGCCCAACUCUAUCGAGUUUGGCCAUUUUUACGCUAACCUGCUCUACGAGGCUGCUAACGAUGGGAGAGAGUACGAGGAGGUUGUGCAAGAGUGUCACCGUGCUCUCUCCAUUGAGAAUCCCAUCGAUCCUGCCAAAGACAGUCUUCAGGAUGAGAGUCAGCAUAAGGUGUUGACACCUGAGGCUCGUAUUGCGAAUGUGCAGGAUGAGCUUAGGUCGCUGAUACAGAAGUCUAAUCUUGGUUCCUUGUCCACGUGGAUGAAGCAUCUGGGGAACGGGGAAGGGGAGUUUCGGUUGUUUGACAUGAGGAAGAUGGCCGAGGAUCCUAUUGAGAGUAACUUGGUCCAGACAAGGAGGCCGAACGAGAUUAAGAAAGCUACAAAGACUCUUGAAGAGAGGAGGAAGGAGAUUGAAGUUAGGGUCGCUGCUGGUAGAUUGUUGCAGCAGAAGUCUGAAUCUUCGUCGGGUGAUAGUGUUAACAACAAGGGAUCAGAUCCAGGAUUAGGCGCUGGGGGUCAGAGAGGCGGGGAGAGGAGGAAGCAUGGACAUAUAAGGAAGAACGGGACUACAGUAGAGAGAAGAGAUCGGGUUAGGUCAUUUUGGGAGUCUACAAGCGAAGAAAUGAAGAAAGAACUGCUCAGAGUUAAGGUUAGUGAUCUUAAGAAUCACUUUAGUGCAUCAAAGGAUGGAAAUGCGCAUGAUAUAAUAAGUGAAGCUGUGUCCUUUUGUGAAGCUAAUAAGACUUGGAGGUUUUGGUUUUGCUGCAAGUGUGUUGAAAAGUUCAAGGAUUCUGAGGCUCAUAUGCAGCAUAUUGUAGGGGAGCAUAUGGGUAACGUUUUACCUAAGAUGCAUAUGGUAUUGCCUCGAGGUCUCAACAGUGAGAGGAUUGAGAUGCUUCUUAGUUCUCCAUGGAAACCAUUGGAUUUCCCUGCUGCUGUGAAAUUGCUUUGUAACCAGCAGAAAAUCCAAAAUACUGAGUUUAAUGAGUUUCACGCUGGAGAUUAUAUGAACAAUGGUGACGACUGCUUCCAGGAUGCGUGGAAUGAUACUUCACCAGAGAAAGAAAACAUUGGAGAUGUUUGCAACGGUUAUUAUGAUGAAAAUGAGUCUGAAGAGGGUAGGCUGUCAGAUCCGUUUCAGUUUCCUGAUGAAUGGCCGAUAUCUGAUGAUCCUGAACGUACAAAGCUCCUUAAAAACAUCCGUGCAGCCUUUGAGCUACUUAUCAAACACAAUUAUUUAGCUACCAGCCAUUAUGAUAAGGUGAUACAGUUUACUGUGGAUGAACUACGGAAUCGACCUUCAGUUUCUCAAUUCUUAAAUCGUGGUUUGGGUCAGUCACCCAUAUGCAUACGCUUCUUGGGAGCUACCCAGCUCAAGAAAAUUCUUAACUUCCUGCAAGACUUGUCACAGACCUGUGGGGUGAGUAGAUAUUCGGAACAAAGUAACCCCAAUGAUGAAGUAAAUAAUUUUGUUGACCUGGGUCUUCAAAUUACAGAAGAGAUUUUUCUUAAUGCUGAAGAGUCAUGUCUUCUUCUGGAUGAAAAAUUGCUUAGUUCAGAGUGCAUCCAAGAGAAACAUAUGGGCUCAGCAUUGAAUACUGUAGAUAUUGCUAAUGCCAAAAAUGUGUCAUCUGGUGCGGAUUGUUUUCUUUCAUGGAUCUUCUCAGGACCCUCUAGCGGGGAACAAACUGCGUGCUGGAUGCGCACAAUGGAAGAAAAAACAAAUGAAGGACAAAAGACCAUGGAGAUUCUUGAGAAGGAGGUCUGUGACUUGCAGAACCUCUUUGAGAGAAAAUGCGAGCACUUAAGCUACGAGGGAGCACUGCAAACUGUUGAGGAUCUUUGUCUUGAAGAAGGCCGGAGAAGAGAGACCUCAGCAGAGUUUACCCAUGAAAGCUAUGAUUCAGUGCUGAGAAAACGAAGGGAAGAGCUAGAUGAGAGUAGUGCCCAUGACUUUAUUAGUAGUAGCUUUGAAUUAAAUGCUAUAAAAAAUGUUUUGAAAGACGCAGUCACUCUUAACCACAAUCAGCUUGGAUAUGAAGAAUCAUCUACGCGCACAAGUUCUCAGCUACGUGACAUAGAAUCUGGUGAAGCUGAUGAAUGGGGGAUGAGAGAAUCUUUUAGUGAAGCUGACAGUUUCAUAGAGACUGCGAUCCAGAAACAAAAGGAGCAGUUGUCUGCUGAGCUUAACAGAAUCGAUGCGCGAAUGAUGCGCAGUGUUACUGUGGUGCAGCAAUUAGAGGCAAAGCUUGGACCUACUUCAUCCAAUGAUUAUCAGAUAGUACUGUUACCGUUGGUCAGGUCUUACAUGCGGGCAAAUUUGGAGGCAUUGGCAGAGAAAGAUGCCACUGAGAAGUCUGAUGCUGCAAGCAAAGCAUUUCUAGUUGAGCUCGCUCUUGAUUCUAAGAAGGAGGCCCGAGGAAGAAAUGAUCAUUCGAAACACACGCAAGAAAAGUCCAAGGAUAAGAAAAAGAAUAAACACUCUAAAAAACUGAAGGAUUCAAAGGCUUCUAUUGGAAACGACCAUCGCUCCAAUGUUGAUUCAGUUGAGCACAGCCUCCCGUCGGUUGCAUCUUUUGGUGCUCCCUCAGAGGCUGACGUUUUUCCUGAAGCUGUUGAAGCUUUAAAAGAACAAGAAGAGGAAUUCAGACGCCGAAUAGAACUAGAGCUAGAGGAGAUAAAACUUGAAGAAACUCUGGAGUAUCAAAGAAGAAUUGAGAAUGAAGCCAAGGAGAAGCAUAUUGCAGAACAACAAAAGAAAUACAGUUCUUUAGUUACAACAACGAGUGGCGCAGAGGCAGUGCAUGAUAUUUGCAGUGAUGAUUUAGAUUUACAUGAACAAGAAAAAUCCAAAAGUCAGGAGAACCUGGUUCAAAGAAAUGGACUACCUCAUGACUUGGAAGUGACCCAAGUGUAUACAAAUGGUGAUUUUCGGUCAACAAAUCAUUGUGGGAUAUCUGAAGCUGCAACGGUUCAGGAUGUGAAAUCCCAAAAAGUAGUUGCUAAUGGGGUAGCUACCCAAGCUGGUGUUUUCCAAUCUGAUCAACACAUUGGGAGGAGCGGUAGACGCCAAAAAAAUUCUAACAAGUUAGUUGGAUCUUCCGAGGGCACUGGCAAGGAGAGAGAAUCUGAAACUCCGCGUAGCAAUGGUGAUGUGGGAACAAAGACAUUAAGACAACUACAAGCUGAAGAGGAUGAAGAAGAAAAGUUUCAAGCUGACCUUAAAAAAGCAGUGCGUCAAAGCCUUGAUGUGUACCAAGGGGGUAGAAAUAUGAAGUCAUGUUUGAGGACACCUCUGAAAGUAAACAGUCAUGAAAUUUCUGAUCCCACAAAGGAGUCUCCGAGCUCUACCGAAAUUUGCAUAUAUGGCACAGGUCUUCAGAAUGAAGUUGGGGAAUACAAUUGCUUUUUGAAUGUUAUCAUACAGUCUCUAUGGAAUCUGGGGGUGUUUCGGGCCGAGUUCUUACGAAGUUCAACGUUGGAUCACAAUCACGUGGGAGAUCCUUGUGUCGUCUGCUCAUUGUAUGAAGUUCUUACUGCUUUAAGCGCUGCUUCAAGGGAAAUACGAAAAGAACCUGUAGCUCCUUCAACGCUCAGGAUUGCUUUGAGCAACUUGUAUCCAGAUAGCAGUUUCUUCCAAGAGGCUCAGAUGAACGAUGCUUCAGAAGUAUUGGCUGUGAUUUUCGACUGCCUUCAUCGCUCAUUUGCUCAAAGCUCAAGCGUGUCUGACACAGAUUCUUCAGAGAGCAACUGUACAGGUUCAUGGGACUGUGCCAACCGCACAUGUAUCGCCCAUUCUCUGUUUGGAAUGAAUAUUUUCGAGCAACUGAAUUGCUACAGCUGUGGGCUGGAGUCAAGGCAUAUGAAGUACACUUCCUUUUUCCAUAACAUCAACGCUAGUGCCCUACGGAACAUGAAGGUUACCUGCACUGAGACUUCAUUUGAUGAACUCCUAAAUCUUGUCGAGAUGAACCACCAACUAGCCUGUGAUCCUGAAACUGGCGGGUGUGGGAAACCCAACCACAUCCACCAUUUUCUCACUACUCCACCACAUGUUUUUACCAUAGUUUUAGGGUGGCAAAACACAUGCGAGAGUGUAGAAGACAUAGCAGCUACUCUUGCAGCCUUGAAUACCGAAAUAGACAUCAGCAUCAUGUACCGUGGUCUUGAUCCUAAGAGCACAUAUAGUUUAGCUUCUGUGGUUUGCUAUUAUGGACAGCAUUAUCAUUGCUUUGCUUAUAGUCAUGAACACGAUCGGUGGAUCAUGUAUGAUGACAAAACUGUGAAGGUGAUCGGUAGCUGGAGUGAUGUACUUUCUAUGUGCGAGAGAGGACACUUGCAACCACAGGUUCUUCUCUACGAGAAGCAACAUUAAACCAAAAAGAAAAAGGGAACAAAAAAAGCAGAGUAAGUGGAGAUAUGGUGCUGCAGUGUAGAAGAUCUCCCAAGUACAUACUAAAAAAGGAAGCAAGUACUUCUUUUACAAUCAGAGCGAGAGGGAAAAAAAAUGAUAUACUCAUCAGUGGUUGAAAGAGGAUGGGGGAAGAAAAUUUUGUCUUAAUGAUAAAAGCUAAAAGAUUUUCAUUGCAGGAGUUACGGAAUCUAAAGGUAGUUGGUUUAAGUCAUUGUCACAUUGAGGAUUCUAUUCAUAUAAAUCUAUGCACUCUUCCUUUUUUUUUGAUUCAGACAUGUUCUAUUAGAUCAGAUCUGUCUCUAACUAGUAGCAAAAUAGAGUGGGAAGUUGGGAGAAAGAUUGCAUAAUAGUCUAGUCCAAUAAAAAGUUACCUGUUAGAGACUAAGGGUGUAACUGAAAUGAUAUUUUGGGGUAAAACUUACAUGAAAAUUAA